CAUUCCAACAACCUCAGCUUCAUCUCCAGUUUUUGAUUUUUUUUUUCUGUUCAAUUUUUUCACAACAACAAAAAAAAAAAAGAUGAUCAGAAACCCUAAUUUCCAGGUGAGGAAGAGGAAGUGGACGACGGUUUUGUUUCUGCUAAGAAAGAGGAAAAGAAAGAAUGAAGAACCUCAUCAAGACGGCGUUAAACAUCCUAAAAUUGUUGAGAUUUUUGACGGAAAUGAAGGAGAUGAUGAUGAUCAUCAUGAAAAUGAUCAUUAUCGCUCCGAUGGGUCUGAUGCUGAUGAGAGAGACGAAAACCCUAGAGAUAAUUCCGAUGAAAAAAUUGAAGGUUUUGAACCGGAAAACCCUAGUUUAGAUCUGAUGCAGGAGGAUGAACAAGAAAACUCAAAGUCUGCGUUAUUGAUUGUUUCCGAGAGGAAGAAGCAUGGUGGAGAUACAGAUACUCCUCCCGACGAUGAUUGCUGUCCAAUCUGCUUCGAUGAUUUCUCAAUUGCCUGUAAAACAAACUGUGGACACUGGUUUUGUGCAAAUUGCAUACUCCAAUUCUGGACAUACAGAACAGCUCUUCAAAAAUGCAAUUGCCCAAUUUGUGCACGACCCAUUACCGAGUUGACACCAGAGGCAUCUUUACUGAUUAUCCAUGAAGUUGAAGUCAUUGAAGCUCUCAAAAAUGUUCAAAGGUAUAACCGCCUUUUUCAGGGUGGUUUUAGUGGUGUCAUAUGGAAAGUUUUUGAGGUUCCUGAUGUAUUUAGAAGAAUGUUAUCUGGUUUGAUGGAUCCAGAUAGAUUCAGAGGAAACUACUAUGCAAUGCGUAUCUUUGCUUUGUUGAUGUCCUGCAUUUAUAAUAUGAGUUCCUUUGACUUCAUUCCAACAGGGACUAUAGGGAUUGGUGCUUAG